AUGGCGAAUGGAAGGGAGGAGAGUCAGGACAGGUGCAGGUCGGAGCCCAAGCGGCUGGAGGAGCACCAUAAUCCGGUGAUCGUUGUGGACGGGACGGAUAUCGCAGAGCUGGUGGGGAACGAGGCCGCUUUCGGCAGCUACGUGGACCACAAGUUCCAGGAGCUUGACCGAGACGGCGACGGCAAGCUCUCAGUCGAGGAGCUCGAGCCCGCCAUCGCCGACAUUGGGGCUGCCAUCGGCCUCCCUGCCCAGGGCUCCUCCCCUGACUCCGACCACAUCUACUACGAGGUGAUUGAAUCAGUCGUACGCUUCCCUCUCCAUCUUUAUCACCCGUUUACCUGCUCUGUUCAUGUCACAAGUGCCGGUCGAUUGGAUCUGGUGGGCAGUCGAGAUCAGAUAUAUGCGAACAAGAUUGUAGAAACCCACUAUUCAACCCAAGUAACCUUAAAUUAUGCGCAAGUCGUCGACAGAAAUCUACAGGCGCGAAGUGAGACAGCUCAUCUCUCUGCGGUGAUGCUGAUGGUGCUCUGGUUCCAACGCUCCCCUGAUGAUCUCCAGUUAUAUAUGAUAUUUCACUCCAUUAUUUUGUCCAUCGUUUCUAGCCAUCACUCACGCCAUAUGCAAAAAUAGAUGUCAGUGUAUAGAAAAGAACUGUCGCGACUGGAUCUGAGUACUCUAUGAUUUGAGUUUUUUUUUUUCCUAAUCGGGGAAAUCCCUCUCAUCAUAAUCAUAAUCUACUCAUCAUUUUCAAAGGCAAGGUAGUAAUUUGAAACUUUUUGCGGAGGAUAAUUCCCCUGCAGGAAUGGAAGUAGAAAGAGCAAUUACUUACCUUGAAUGCCCUCAUAGAAGAGAUUACUACAUCCAGGAGCAGAGCCCUGGAUCUUCUUGUAAUUCUUCUGAAUAUGGGUUCUUGCUAUGACCCCGAGUUCUUGCAGGUUCUGAAUGAAUUCACUCAUGGGAAACGGGAGGCGGUGACCAAGACCGAUUUCAAGGAAGUGCUGUCUGAUAUUCUUCUGGGGAUGGCCGCCGGGCUGCAGAGAGACCCGGUUGUGAUCCUGAGGAUCGACGGUGAGGAUCUGAGGGAAUUUUUGUUUGGCCUCAGGUUUGAACCAGAGUCAAUCGCCAUAUUCUCAGAGAUAAACCAGGAGAAUGUGCCCCUGCGCAAGAGCAUCAUGAUGGCUUUGGAGCGGCUAGGCGUUGGCCAUGGGAUGCCUCCUCUUUCUGACUCUUGGGUAAUCACUCCAGACCAUGGCCAUUUUCUUCUCCAUCUUUCCUAGAACCAUCAUCCUUCAGUUGACGUCAGUGAUUUAUGCCCAAGCUCAAACCCAUGUAGGUCUUCGAUAGCAUCAUACAACCAGCGAUGAGCCAUCUUCCAGUGGAGGAUCUCGGUGGGGCUGUGUCUCAAGAGACCUUCUUGACGGAGCUGAAGAAUAUUCUGGGUAGCGUCGCCAGGGGCCUCAAGGAUCGUCCUGUCAUUGUCGCCCACAGUGAAAAUAAUUUUGAUGGGAGCGGCAUCAACAGGCUGCUAUCCAACACCUUUGAGCUAGAAAAGGUACGACGUCAUCGAAAUAUCUCUCCAUUGAAGCUCAUGAGUUAGUUUCAUAGUUAGAUCGUAAAGAGUCACAAGUGUGCAGUUCUUCCCGGGAAUCAUUCUGGUAAAAAGAUGAGACCUUGAAGUUGAUGGCGUCGGAUUUAUUGUUUCAGCUAUUGGAUAUGGCUUGGAAGGAGCUUCCCAAGAAGACAGACCACAAGGCAUCCAAGGAGUACCUCCGUGUGGCGCUGGACGGAAUCGCUUCUUCCGCUGGUCUGCCCCCCUACGGCGCCAUUAGCCAGGUACCCGCCGUCGAUAAAUAAGUAGAGUACUUAAUAUUGGAUUUACGUACGUAGUUUUUGCCAUAUAUUUGUUUGUUUAUUUGUGUUGGAAGUUGGGCAGGUGGACGCGGUGGUCAACGAGGCCCUGAGGACGCUGAACGCGGACGACGGGCGGCGCAUGCGCGAGGGGGAGUUCAAGAAGCUGAUGACAGAGAUCCUGGGGACGAUCAGGCUUCAGCUGGAGAUGAAUCCGAUCUCCGUCUCUGCAAAUUCCGUCGUUCACGAGCCUCUCGCCGCCUCCUCCUCCACCUUGCUCCCUCCGCCUGCCCCCGCUGGGGAGGACGCCUCCCUCUAA